AUGGACCUACAUCAAUCUCUUCAACUUUUUAACCAUCAUGCAUUUAGAAGAGACCAACCUCCAGAAGAAUAUUUAGAACUCUCAAAAGCUAUGGUAAAAACUACUAGAGGACUACCCUUGGCUCUUCAAGUUGUAGGUUCAUCUUUAUUCUACAUGGGAAAAUCAACAUGGCAAGGCGCAUUGGAAAAGUUGCAAGGAGUUCCUAAUAAUGAGGUCAUGCAAAGACUGAGAAUAAGUUAUGAUGGAUUAGAAUAUGAGGAGAAACAAAUAUUUCUUGAUACUGCGUGCUUCUUCAUUGGAAUGCACAAGGAUGUUGCAUGCUACAUAUGGGAAGGGUGUAAUUUUUAUCCUAAAAUAGGACUUGAUGUUCUGCAUCUGAGGUCUUUGAUAACAAUUAGUGAAGAUGGUUAUUUGAGGAUGCAUGAUCAGCUCCGGGAUCUUGGAAGGGAAAUCGUUCAUCAGGAAAAUUUUAAUGAACCAUGUGAGUGUAGUAGGAUAUGGUCUCAAGAGGAAGCAUUGAAUGUAUUAGAUACAAAGAUGCUAUCAAGAACACCUGAUCUUUUGGCAAAUAGAUGCUUGGAGAUAUUGAUUCUUACAGGCUGUGAGGAGUUGGUCGACAUUGAUGCAUCUGUUGGUCUUCUUGGGAGGUUAAGAGUUUUCGAUGUUUCGGAAUGCUUUAGAAUUGAAUCAUUCUCAAUUAAGCUUUCAAACCUGACAAAUUUAGAGAUAUUGAGCCUUAAAUUCCCUUGGAAUCUGAGGAAGAUACCAAGUGACAUUGAGAAAUUGGCAAAAUUGAAAUCUUUGAAGUUUUCCUCUGGCGACUUCAGAGUGGUACCAGCUGCCUUCAAUGCUCUUACUUGUCUUGAGUCUCUCAGUUUUAGUCAAUGUGGGUACCUUCGGCAUAUCUCAAUUCUUCCCUCAAGUUUAACCUGCCUGAGGGCUACAUUCUGCUGGGCACUAACCGAGAUUCCAGGUAUCAACGGAUUGGAAUCAUUGGAAAUAUUGGAUGUUUCUUGCAACAAUUUGAAAAGAUUGCCAGACCUAUCUCAAUUUAAAAAAUUUAAGUAUUCAUGUGUCCAAUACUGCCACAGGAUAACAGAGAUUCCAGGAGUGGACAAAUUGGAAUCCUUGGAAGAAUUAGAUAUUAGUAGGUGCGAACGGUUGGAAACAUUACCAGAUUUGUCAAAUUUGAAGAAAUUGAAGAAUUUAAACGCUUAUUACUGCUGUAGGCUAUCAGAAAUUCCAGGUCUUAAUUGA